UGGUGUCAGCCUUUAUUUUGACAUUCCUGGAAAGCAACAUUUUUGGGCAUGACAGUUAUAAUGGAGGUUCUACUUCUUCUCUUUACUCUCUUAAAUAUUAAUCUGUCAUCAGCAGUCCCACACACUUUGUGGUACCGCUAUACUGCCAUCACAUCUGGAGGAACCUUCCCAGAGUUCACUGUUGUUGGUCUGGUGGACGGAGAGCAGUUUGUCCACUACGAUAGCAACAAGAAGAUGAUUCCAAAGACAGAGUGGAUCAAGAAGAUUGGAACUUCUUAUCCACAGUACUGGGAGCAGGAAACACAGCGCAUGCAGGAUCAACAAGCGCACUUCCAAAACAGCAUGAAUAUAGCGAUGCAAAGCUUUCGUCACACUGCAGGAGUUCAUACACUACAGAGGAUGUAUGGCUGUGAACUUUAUGAUAAUGGCACCAAAAGAGGACACGAUCAGUUCGGAUAUGAUGGAGAAGAUUUAAUCAGUCUGGACAUGAGCUCUCAAACCUGGACUGAAGCUUCUAUUAGAGCUCGGACCUUCAUGAAUAAGUGGGGUUCUUUAGGAAUCAAUCCUAAAUUCCAGAAGAGCUACCUGGAGAUGGAGUGUAUUAGUUGGUUAAAGCAGUACCUGGGUUACAGCAGGGAUACACUGGAGAGGAAAGUUCGUCCCGAAGCAUCGUUUUUCCAGAGGGAUCCAUCUUCUCCAGAGGUGGUGUGUCAUGCUACAGGUUUCUACCCCAAUCCAGUGGACAUCUCCUGGCAGAAGGACGGACAGGUGGUACAUGAGAACGUGUUGCUCGGAGAGACGUUACCCAACGGGGAUGGAACCUUCCAGAAGAGGAUUGUUCUGAAAGUCUCGGCUGAGGAGCUGCAGAAACACAACUACACCUGUGUGAUUCAGCACAGCAGCUUGGAGAAGGAGAUGGUGCUGCCUUUCGAGAGAUUCGGGAACGAGCGCGGAAUCCUGAAAGAUGUUGGAUCAGAUGUUGGAGCAGAUGUUGGAUCGGAUGUUGGAUCAGAUGUUGGAUCAGAUGUUGGAUCAGAUGGAGGAGCAGAUGGAGGAGCAGAUGGAGGACAGAUUGGGACCAUCGUUGGUGUGGUCGUGGCUCUUGCUGUUUUAAUUGCUGGUUUUGCUGGAAUUGUGGUCUGGAAGAAGAAGAACUCUAGAUUCAGACCUGUUCCACCCAGAUCUUCCCUUUGAAGGAGAAACUGUGCGUGUUCCUGCUGCAGUGAGACAUCAUGAUGUUUACAGUCUUCUUACAGUUGUUGUGGUUGUUUGUGGGUCAAAUAUAUGAUACAGUUUUUUAAAAAAUCGACUCAUCUAUUGUAUCCUCUUUCAGGUUGCAGCUCUGUUUUUUUUUGUCAAAGCCUCGUAGAUGGACAAAUAUUAUUCAUUAUAUAGUGGAUGUUUGGUUUUAUUUCUGUAAUUUGGUUAUAUAUAUGUAAUUUGGAUUUUGUUGUCAUUCUGUUGAGUAUUUCACUCUUACAUAUUGUAUUAUGGUAUCAGGAAAAUGGACCUUUUGUAUUAACAGAGGAUGAAGUAUUAGGUAUCAGGUAUUAGGUAUUACUUUUUUUUUUGAUGACCUUAAUCUGUUUUUUGUUUACACUCUGCUAAACUGGUGCUUUUUUAAAAUUCAUGCUAAUAAAA